UGAACGAUUUCGUGGGGGAAUCGUACAGAAAACGUUUACGCUAUUCAUGCGUUCGUUUGCGUAAAGCUUACAUGCUAAGAUGUCUUCCGAGAAGAUAAAUACCCGGGUCAUCCAAGUGACUAAUGUCGCGCCUGCUGCAUCAAAGGAUCAAAUGAAGACACUUUUUGGUUACAUCGGCAGAAUCGAUGAAAUCAAACUGUAUCCUCCUGAAGCAAUCCUUCCAGAUCCUGAGAUGGACCCGAUGAUGCAAACAGAGAGCCAUGUGUCUCCAAAGGUGUGCUACAUCAAGUUUGAUGAUGUCACAAGCACUGGUGUUGCCUUGCAUCUCACCAACACUGUCUUCAUCGACCGUGCUCUCAUUGUGGUCCCUGUAAUGGAUGGUAAAAUCCCUGAUGAAAGCAUUGCUCUUCAGCUUGCUCCUUCUGCUGUGGCGGGAAUGAUGCCAGGACAACCAACAUGGCCCAGUAAUGUUAUGAGUCAGAUGACUGGAGUUGGGUCAAGCCAGAUGAUUACCACUUAUGACCCACGUAUGACAGCCUUGGGACUACCACAAUACCCUCCUCUACCAGGGAACACUGACCCUACAAAGAUAGAGGAAAUCCGACGCACAGUGUAUAUUGGCAACCUUGACCAGACUGUAGCUGCUGACCAGCUUCUGAAGUUCUUCUCUCAGGUUGGGGAAAUAAAAUAUGUGAGGAUGGCUGGAGAUGAAAGUUUGCUGUCUCGCUUUGCUUUUGUGGAGUUUACAGACCAGAGAUCUGUCGCCACUGCUCUCACCUACAACGGAGUUGUGUUCCAGGGCAGGCCAAUCUCUGUCGGUCAUGCAACCAAUGCCAUUACAAAACCUAUAACUAAGACCCAGCAGGCAGCCCAGCGGGAAAUUGAGGAAGCCAUGAAGAAGGUGAAGGAGGCUCAGUCUCUCAUCACGGCGGCAGUUGACGACAAAGGACGAGACAGAAGUAGGUCACGCUCUACUAAACGUUAUCGGUCUAGAUCACGAUCAAGGAGGCGCAGUCGUUCUAGAUCUAGGAAGCGUGACCGUUCUCGUAAAAGGUCUCGUUCCAGAAGAAGAUCUAGAUCAAGGUCAAGAAGGAGAUCAAGGUCACGAAGGUCAAGGUCAAGGCGGCGAUCUAGAUCAAGGUCAAGGACUCGAAGAAGGUCACGAAAAAGGUCACGUGACCGAUCUCGUCAUAGGAGUCGAUCCAAGUCAAGAACUCGAAGCAAACGUUCCAGAUCAAGAUCAAGAUCCAAGCAGGGAUCAACUGAAAAAUCCAAGCAAGGGUCAACAGAAAAAAGUACUGACGAGAAAGGAAAGAACUAUUUCCCCACCAGGGGUCCACUGCGGGGUCAAAUCAUCUUCCCAAUCAGGCGUAAAUCAAGGACACCUCCAAGAGCUUAUUCUCGACGCUCAAGGUCAAGAAGUCGCAGAAGAAGCCGUACACCUAAGCGUUCACGGUCCAGAGAAAGGAAGAGGUCACUGUCACCACCAAAACUAGAAAAGGAAGAUAACAAGCCAGGCAAGCAAAAGGAUGCAUCAGAGGCUCCUCCAGCACUUACAGAUUCCCCUACAGAACCAAGCAACACUACAAAACCAUCCCAAAGUCCAUCCCACCCUUCAGACGAGGUCAAACCAGAGCCUAAACUCAGAUCUUCCAGUGAGACACGCAGCAGGAGCCGGAGUCCUGUUAGAAAAUCUCCAAGUCCACGGAAAUUGUCGCGUAGUCCUCCACCUAGGAGGAGCUCUCGCAGCCCCAGAAAAUUGUCUCGCAGUCCUGUGAGAAAGUCCUCCCGCAGUCCUCGUAGAAGUCCUCGAAAGUCAUCUCGCAGUCCUCGUAGAAGCAGGCGCUCUCGCAGUCGAAGCCGGAGCAGAGGGAAGAAGACAAGUAAGAGGAGUCGUCGUAGCAGGAGUACAUCUCGCCGUAGAUCCCGUUCUUCUUCACGUCACAAGUCUAGGAAGGACAAAAAGCGUGAUCGUAGCAGAGACAGGGAUCGUGACCGUGAUCGUGACAGGGAAGGGAAGAAGAAACGUCACAAGGACAAGGAUAAGGAGCGUGACCGUGAUGACAAACAUAAGGAGUCAAAGGCCAAGGAUACAAAGGUCAUACGUAAUUAUGAUGAAGAAGAGAAGCUGCUUGAGAACAGUAACAGCGAAUCAGAAGAGAAGCUUGUGAAAUCAACACCCUCAGACAUUAAUCUACAGUCUGUAGAUAUGGAUAUGAGCGAUUAGUGAAAUGAUGUUACAGGGACUGAUUUAUCCUGCGAGAAGUUCAGGAUUUUUAGAAAAAACUCUUGCACAUUUUCAAUUUUCUUCUUAAAAAUUAGAUUUCAGUUUAAGAAUGUGGUUUUUUGUUAUGUAUACUACAAAGUUACCCAGAAUUUGUAUUCUGAUUAGCAAUACAAAUUACUGAUCAGUUGAUUCUUGUGAACAAUUUUCUCUGCUAUAAAGACACUUAGCCUCCAUAUAAUGCUGGUUGCAAGGGCUCAUAUUUGUUGGCUGAUAACUUGCCCUGAUAAGAAGCUUUGCUUUCAGUCUUAUAGUUUCUUAACACAUGAUGUAGUCUAAGAAAAUUAAACUGUUUAGGAAAAUGUUUGCCAAAAAACUACCAUACAUCACACUAUGCCUUAUUAUUUCAAUAUGAAAACCUUGGCAAGCUUAAAUUCAGAAAUUUGUGGAUAUAUUCAAAGAAAAUUGUGCAAGAAACAUAAAAAACAGAAAUGCUGUCAUUACAAUUUUCAUUCUGUAUUAGUAAAAUCAUCAAAUCCAGAGUACAUUUCUUUGUUGUUUUCACUUGCUAACAGUCAUUAAAAGGACACUCAGUUGUU